AUGCAGGUCAAUAGACCCCAGUUGACCUCGCGUUUUUAUGUGCACUUUUCCUGCAUUACUUCACCUCAGUUCUGUCUGGUCGUUGGGGUCGUGGAAGGCGAAUCAACAGGCAAAGAGACACGCAGGCCCCUUCACCGCCCACAGGCCUUUUCACCGCCCACAGGCCCCUUCACAAGUUCCUUCACCGCCCACAGGCCCCUUCACAAGUCCCUUCACCGCCCACAGGCCCCCUCACAAGUCCCUUCACCGCCCACAGGCCCCCUCACCGCCCACAGGCCCCUUUACAAGUCCCUUCACCACCCACAGGCCCCUUCACAAGUCCCUUCACCACCCACAGGCCCCUUCACAAGUCCCUUCACCGCCCACAGGCCCCUUCACAAGUCCCUUCACCGCCUACAGGCCCCUUCACAAGUCCCUUCACCGCCCACAGGCCCCUUCACCGCCCACAGGCCCCUUCACAAGUCCCUUCACCGUCCACAGGCCCCUUCACCGCCCACAGGCCCCUUCACAAGUCCCUUCACCGCCCACAGGCCCCUUCACCGCCCACAGGCCCCUUCACAAGUCCCUUCACCGCCCACAGGCCCCUUCACAAGUCCCUUCACCGCCCACAGGCCCCUUCACAAGUCCCUUCACCGCCCACAGGCCCCUUCACAAGUCCCUUCACCGCCCACAGGCCCCUUCACAAGUCCCUUCACCGCCCACAGGCCCCUUCACAAGUCCCUUCACCGCCCACAAGCCCCUCACCCAGAGACCAAACCAGACGUCAUAUUGCUUAAUCCUUCCUGA